AUGACGGACAAUCAACCCUCCCCCGAUUACUCCCGCCCACAGUUUCCUGCCCAUAGUGAACCGCGAGUAUGGAUUCUCACAGCAGGAGACUCGCCCAUUGGGAUAUCGGUUACGCGCCAGAUUCUUAAGCACGGAGACUAUGCGUUAGUGGGACUGGCACAUACAUCCUUGGACCGGGACGAAUGCCGUCGCGAGGUGUUCGGGGACUUCCUGGCUGAAGUUGAGAGCCACCGUGACGAAGGAUGGGUGCAACGCUUCAAGACAGUCCCUUUGGAUAUCAGGAUGAUAGGGCAAUGUCAAGCCUUGGUCGCCGAGGCAGUCGCAGCAUUCGGCAAGGUAGACAUCCUACUUUGCUGUACUAGCCAGACUCUUGUCGGCGCGGUAGAAGAGCUUGCGGCUUCUCAGCAAACCUUGAACUUGGUCAAGGACCAGUUUGAAACCAAUUACUUCGGUCCUCUGAACAUCAUCAAAGCAACGCUGCCUCACAUGAGGAAGCAAAAAUCCGGUCAUAUUAUGAUUCUUUCUAGCAUUACUGCCCACAUCGGUACACCCGGCCUUGGGAUGUACUCCGCCGCUGGCUGGGCCCUGGAGGGAUUUUGCGAUAGCCUUGCAUACGAAAUCGCUCCAUUCAACGUGAAGCUCACAAUCUUCCAAUGCAGCAUCGAAAUAGGUAUCCUGACAAAUUUGAUUACCAGUGUGCCUCCCAUAGUUCCAGAGUACUCGCCAGCCGUCAAUCAUGCCCCUUUGUUUCGUGGUAUAUUGAACAGACUGGUUCCUCGUCUACCCCACCAACAGACUCAGGGCACGGAGAACGGCUCCCAAAACUCAAAUCAAGUCAGCUCUGCUGAAGAAGGGCCCUUUUCCGCCCCCAGAGUUUUCUCCAUGUAUCCACCCCUAAGUUCCGCACAUAUGGAAGUCUUGGUUGAAGAGACUGUGUACGCUAUCACAGCCAUCGCUGGUCAUGAGAACCCGCCUUCACGUCACAUAGUGGGACAGGAAGGUGUUGCAAGCGUCAAAGAGAAGCUCAAAACCGUCAGCGAAGAAAUGGAGGAUUUCAUCCAAGCAAGCUUCGCCGUCGAUUACGCUGCCGAUGGUGGUCCCGGUCCGUCCAAGGAAGAUAAUAUGGUCCUGGGGGCAAACCACAAUGAAACAGUUUGA